UUAAUUGUCAUUAAAGGUUAUAGGCUUUAUUCAUAAAUUCAGAAACUACUUGAUGCUUGUGUUCAAGUAAGCUAAAUGACUGCGGAAUCAGCAAGUCGUUAUGUCAGGACCGGGUUUUGCAGUUUUCUUUUGUUUUUUGUACUUUUGCCGUUUUGCAUGUGUGAAGAAGCUACUAUUGCUGAAAUCGCCGUUAUAUAUCCUGCUCCACGUAACCUAACAUUUGAAAGCUCUAUGCAAUGCGUCACGCAGUACAUUAACGCGAACAUUUUGCAAAAUGUCACACUUCGUUUGCAAACAAACAUCACAACUCUUGAAUACGAUCACACAGGAGUCAAUGCAUUUAAAGCUGGCCUAGCUCUUAACAAGAGAAGUGGAGUAAUGGGUUUACUGGGUCCCAUACAUACGAACGAUGUAACAGUACUUCACUCACAAAUUGCUGCAAUGAACAUUCCACAGAUUGUUCCUAUUUCACGCGUCACAACAAAGAGUUAUAUGUCCCAUUUUCCCAUGUUAGUAAAAAUGACCAAGGGAUAUAUGAAUCAGGUUUCCGCAAUGGUGGAUUUGAUUCUUGAAAUGCAGUGGAAAACUGUUGGCAUCCUGAUAGAGAACAGCGAGUAUUAUCGAGACAUUUCUAGAAACUUCUACCCAAGUGUAAGAGCUGCUAACAUAACUGUGAAGUUUUUCAUUUCAUUCAAUGAAGUUGGCAUUGGAGUAGCGGAUACCAAAGAAGAAAUGCAAACUAUAAAAAAAUCUGGUCAACGUGUUAUUUUACUUUUAACAAGCGAUAGAUUGGUUAAUUCUGUGCUUGAUGAAGCUAAAAACUGUGGUCUUACCAACUCAGAAUGGGUGUGGUUGUUAUGGGCUGAUAUUGUUAAUACUAUGAAGGGUAUGCAAAGUUUGGAAGUCCAAUCAGGAUUUGCAUUGGUUCAAACAUUCCCCUCUACAAAUUUAAGUGAAACAUUAAAAACUUGUGAGAUUCCACAUAACUUUGUAUUUCGGAAAUACAUGGAUAGUCUGUUUGCAUUUGCCUAUGGAUUAAAAUCAUUGUUUAGUGAAAAUAGAACAUCUGUAAAGGCACCAACAGCAGGGAUAAGAUGGGAAAAUGGUCGACUAUUCCUGGAACAUAUUCUUUCCAACCAUCAGUACAAUGAAGGAAUUGCCAGUCACAAAAUAGAGUUUGAUGUUAAAACUGCAGAAGUUUUGUCAACACCCACGUUUGAUGUGGUUCAUUUGCAUAAUAGUUCAUGCCAAACUGUGGGUAAUUGGUCAAUGACUUCAAGAUUAAGCAUGAACAACCAAAGCAAAUUAACUGCAUUGAAAAACAAUUCUUUUAACUUGAACAACAUGCUUAAGAACAGUAAAAUCCGUGUGAUAACUAUGAAUGCACCUCCAUUUGUGAUGCAAGAAGAUGAAAAUGUCGCCAACAAUACAUAUACUGGCUAUUCGUUUGAAUUGUUCAGGAAGUUGCAAGAAGAUAUCGGUUUCACAUACGAAGUGUUGACUAUGCCUUCUGGAGUGUUUGGCGCCCGUGACCCAUUAUCUGGACAGUGGAACGGACUGAUUGGUCAAAUUGUAGAUGGUCUUGCUGACAUUGCAGUUGGCCCAUUCACAUUAACAGCUGAGCGUUCUAAAGCUGUCGAUUUUACUGAAGUGUUUUAUAAAACCAAUCUUAAGUACAUCAUCGACAUUCAAGCUGCUGGAGGAAUGAUGUCCGGGUAUGAUCGUUAUGGAUUCCUUCGUCCUUUCACAUGGACUCUGUGGCUCGUGAUCGCAAUUUGUGUUCUUGUGGUUGGCAUCUUCUUUACUCUCGUCUCACACCUUAGUCCGUACGGAGCUCACGGACAUUAUUUUCAAAGUGAUGAAGCUGAAGCAGCCAACAUCCGGAUGGAAAGAAGAAGAAGUAGCGUGAUUGGGGUUUCAUCCUCUUCUUUAUUCCGGAGGAGGUCAUCUUCAAUCUUCCCAAAGCAAGAGAAGAAUGAAAACAAACAGAGAGAUUCAGUAAGAAUAAAAAAGGAAGAGUCGAGAGACAGAAGCGUCGACAGACAGAUUGCUUCCAAACCAAAUGUAACUGAUGAUGAUGAAAGUGAUGAAGAGAGCAGAAGUAAAGCUCAGCGUCAGAUGUCACUUAGCAAUGCACUUUAUUUCGCUUGUGCUGGUUUGUUAUGGCAGAGUCCAGAGAGUGUCCCACGCGCACCGUCGGCACGAAUUGUUGCAGCUAUUUGGUACAUGGUCGGCGUGAUCAUCGUAGCAUCUUACACUGCGAAUAUGGUCACCUUCGUUUCUAUUAAAAUAGAAGCCUCACACUUGUUGAAUGUUCGUGAACUGGUAGCUCAAACCCAUGUUCCUCCAGGCACCAUAUCAUCAAGCUCAGUUGAGACUUUAUUGAAGACUUCACAGUAUCCUAUUGCUGAGAAACUUUAUGAUGCGAUUCUGUUAGACCCACGUAUGCCUGGUUAUAAAUAUCACACACUGCAGCCGAAUCAAGAAAAAGCAUUAGAGCAAGUGAGGAUUGGUAAGCUUGCUUUUGUAUGGGAAGGAGCCUUGUUGGACCAUGCUGCCUUGGAAUCUGAUUGUCAUUUAAAAACAGUUAAACUGGGAUUUGGACCGACAUCAUAUGCAUUUGUUCUGAAACAGGGAUCGCCAUACAGAGAGGAACUAUCAAAGCACAUAAAAAUUCUUGCCAAAAACGGAUACCUUGAUGAACUGAACAAAAAAUACUUCUCUCAGACUUGCAGCCAUGGUUUGGCAGAAGACGACAGUAAUUCUGUGACCGCAAUAAGCUGGUUAAGUCUCAUUGGUGUUUUGGAUUUAUUAUUGCUCUCUGCUGCUCUGAGUGUCAUAGUUCUUCUAUUUGAGUGGAUCGUGGCUUCGAUUUCUGAUAUCGACAAAACAAAUCCUAGAGCACCUGCUACUUUCUCUAGAGCAUUUGCAGCCAGGUGGAGAAGAAUGGUACAAGAUGCUAAGAGGAACUGGCUCCCAUUUAAACAUGCGCGUCUUCAUUGGAACAAUAAGAUGGGAAAGAAAGAAGUUCCAGUUGUCAAUGCAAUUGAACCUGAUCAGUGGAAACGGUAUACAACUUCAACUGAUGCCAUAAACCUCAAACCUGGUCAAUCAAUUUCUAAUCCAGAACUGUUUGAGAAUGACCUUCAAGAUUCUCUGCGUCUUCAUGAAUAGAGUUUUUUAUGUUUCUGUUUUUUCUGUGUUAUGUUUAAUUUCUUUUGUUCAACAAAAUUAAAAAAACCUGACAGUUUC